AUGUGGUUUCUUUUAGGGACUGUGCUAACCCUGCUGGUCAUAAUAGACUGCGCAAUGGCCGUUUGUAGCACAUUUUCAACCCAAAUUAAUGUUUCUAUGUGCAGCUGGCAAGGCCUACGUGGUAAGCACUUCUUGUCUAUUUAUUUUUCAAAAAAAACAAGUUCUUUUGUUACUGAAACCGGUAGUCAAUAUCCUGCGCGAUACAAUCUACUUCGACGGUGGGGAGAUAUGGUACCAGAAGUAUGA